AUGGAGCCACCACCAUUAAAGAAGCAGAAGACCGAUCCCAACACGCCAGUCAUCUUCAACACAACCGGCGGCUUGGAGCCAGAUAUUCUUAUUAACAUUCUAGGAAGAGACUAUCAUGUCCAUUCCACAAUCCUCAAGCUUCACUCAGCAUUCUUUGCCGCAUUUCUGGACUUCAUAGAUAAGGACACUGCACGAAGUGGCACCGCCAAGAAUACCAAGUCCUCCAAAUUCCUGUACGAAUGGAUUACUAGGGUGGGUAACGACUCUGAAGGGCAUGCCAACGGUGGUUGGUUCUUGAUUGAGAAACCAAAAAUAAUCUUGAAGACUCUGGUGGAACUUGCCGAUUAUUAUCUCUGCCUCCCAAUCCUCUCUCAAUCAAUCAACAAUGCACUAUUGAACGAAUCUUCUGACAAGUCCUUUAUAUCACAUAAUCCCUGCCAGGUCAUGGCUCUAGCCUCAAAGAUCAGACAUAAGUUACUCUUCACAGAGGCUCUCAUCUUUGUAGCUGGCUUAGUUGAAUGGAGCUCGAUCCCAGAAUUUGAGAGGAUGGAAGACAAAAGGAUCAAAAAAGCUGCCAGGACAGCCCACAAUGCAUUAAUGGCAAAGAUUUUCCACAUCCAGCAAGUUCUUGCGGAUGCAGUUGUGAACGGAUUUAGUAGUGAGAAGAAGCAGAACAAGCUCCGAACUUGCAUGAGUGACAAUAUCAGUUCCUCUCUUCCGCAAUAUUAUAGGAAUAUUCUCUCGGCCGGCCCAUGGGACUCGCCCGACCAUGAAAUCGACUCCAAACUAGAGGAUAUCCUUGAGAAUAAGCUGCCUUUUCCCCCAAAGCUCAAUGCCGGGGAUGAUGGAUAUGAGGAGAAUUUCUUCUGUGUAGAAAUAGCAGACGAAGAUCUUCCAUGGGAUGUGGAGGAAAGUAUCUGGUAA